CCCAAUGUACACCCCACCCCAGUGUACCUCCACCGCCCAACUCCCAAUACACACCCCUACCCUAUCAAACACUCCCCACCCCCCCAUAAACACCUCCCACCCCAAUAUACAUCCUUACCUCAUCAAAUACCCUUUACCUCAAAUAAACACCCCUCGUCCCCUUCCCCAAUAAGCAUGCACCCCCCACCUAACCCCAAUAUACACCCUGCUCCUAUCAGACACUCCCAGGACAGGGACAGCACGUGGUUAGAAACAAAGUAAAGCUCUCUCUACACUGUCCUCAUCACCCAGCUGCAGAAUAGGGACAGAACUAUAUUAGAUAUGAAGUAAAACGUUUUCUAUCAAAUGCUGACAGACCUAUGCUGACCCAUCCCGGAGGCUGGAACUGCACUUCCGCCCAAAUGACCCUUACUGCCACCCAGUGUGUGCCAACCGUUUCCCAUCGACCAGCAUGCUGCUCAGGGUAAAGAGGAGGCAGAGAAAACCGAGAGCUGGAGCAUCUCCUGUGGAGGAACACAAAGGAGAAAUGGUUAAAUAUGAAAUGGAAAUCCUGGGACUUAUUGGGACCACUUACAAAUUCCAGGGAAUGUCCGAUUUCCAGUUUCUGGUCAUGCACACGACAGCAAGUGGCUCACAAGUGUCCAUGUACGACAAGGUCAUUCUCCACAAGCCCGAACACAGAGAGUUUUUUGACCAGGAAUUGCCGCUUUACAUUCCUCCACCAAUAUUUUCCCGCGUGGAUAACCCCGUGGAUUAUUACUACCGUCCAGAAGUCCAGCACAGGGAUGGUUACCAUCCUCCAAAAGUAUCCAACGAGAACCUGAUAGGCCUGGGGCGUGCUCGCCGUCCUCACAACGCCAUAUUUGUGAAUUUUGAUGAUGCAGAGGUGCCAUCCCAGCCUCUUGAAGCUGCUGUUCAGAACUGGAGGAAAUUCAACACCCAGACCCCAGACCGGAGAGCCGAAGAGGAGCUGAAGAGGCUCUUUGAAAUCCGACCCAUUUGGUCCCGGAAUGCAGUGAAGUCGAAUAUUGACAUUCACCCAGACAAACUGAAGCUGCUUUUGCCUUUCGUGGCAUACUAUAUGCUUACAGGGCCCUGGCGGAGUCUUUGGGUCAGGUUUGGGUACGAUCCACGAAAAGAUCCCAAAGCGAAGAUUUACCAGGUGUUGGAUUUCAGGCUACGAUGCAGCACCAAGCACGGUUACAUGCCCUCAGACAUGCCAGUGAAGGCAAAGCGCAGCACGUUUAAUUACAGUCUCCCCAUCACCAUCAGCAAGCCAGCCCCCCAGGUUGUAAGUAUUCAGGAUUUGGGAAAAGCUUCAGUAGUUCCCAGUGUCCCAGAGAGGAAGAAACUCGCAUCAUCUGGAUACAAACUCAAACCGUCGGCCUACAUAUUCCGGGAGGACACUUUGCCACCUUAUCGUCAGAUGUUUUACCAGCUGUGUGACCUGGACGCAGAGAGUUUAAGAAAAAUAAUUGAUCGCAAUGAAGGCAGAGAGACGACAUGUACUGAGCGGGACGGAUGGUGUCUACCCAAAACCAACGAUGAGCUCCGCGACCGGAUGUCUAACAUGAUUAAAGAAGUUUGGCACAAGAACAAAGCAGUUUCAUCCUCUUCAAAAAAGAAGCCACUGGUCACACAGGGGAGAGAAGACUCCGAAUCUGCCGAGGAUGAGGAGGAUGAAGAGGAAGAGUAUCCACCGUCAGAAGGAAGUGAAAAUGAAAUGGAGACUGAAAUUCUCGAUUACCUGUGACAUGAGUGACCGGGAGCUGCUGUUGGAGACGUGGAGGGAGAGUGGAGUGGUGGUGAUUCUGUUAGACAGAUUGUUCUGCUUUCCUGGAGGAGUAAGGUGGUAUUCCUGCAGCCGCUGUAUACAGCCGCCUGGGGCUCCUGCAGUUAGGGAACCAGUGAACAAAGAGGCUGCUGAUCAUGUUGGUUACUGGUGUUCAGCCAACAAAUUCACAUGCCUCCUGUUUAACUUUCACCUUGACAGCCAAAAACAUUAGCCACUGACUGGGGAUGGGGUGUGGAGUCACUGCUGUAUUGUAGCGUUGUCUGUCUCUCUGUUACAUUCAUAGGGAGGGUUGUGGUUCCUUCGACUCCUUGGUGCAGCAGUUUAUUAGACUUUUCCCAGUCUCAUUAUGGGGUGUCAAACAGGUCCUGUCACAUGGUGUUAGGGCUAAUGAGCCGCAGGUUAUUAAUUUUUGUCUGUUGUUAUUAUCUGAAUCUUCCAGCAGUGAAGUCCUGUUCACCUUCUGCAAAAGCCUCAGAAGCAGCCUUCAGCCGCUGUCCAUAGCGUUGGUUCCAGUAUUUCUGAUGUCGUAUUUUGAGGCCUUUACUGUAUCUCAUGUAUGUUCUACAACAGACAGGUGGCCAAUUACACUCCAGUAGGGACCACUCUACCAUGUAACAGAUGAGCUACCCAACUCCUUAGCCUGGACUCACUUCAAACCCUGAUCCCAAAAGGGAUGCGAUGGUGACUUCCCAGGAUAGAGGGGUGAUUACCAUCAGGUUAUUGGUCUGAGAGAGCCAUUUCCAUUAAACCUCUUUUCACCUCUAAAAGGAUGGCUUUUAAAACAUUGUUUUCUCUUGUUAAAUAUAGUUUUGCUUUCAAAUGGUGUUGUGAUGAUAUUUGCAUUUGGGGUGAAAUGAGGGUGGUGAGAGAUUUACAGACUCACCUUGUCCUCACCUCUCCCACCUUGACCUAGUUCUGGGGCCUUGCACAGGAUUGUCUUAAGAGCCUGCGAUAACAGAGCUACCUCUGGGAACAGAGAUUGUUGCCAUUCCCCUGCAGUGAUGCUGCAAACCAGUAGGUGGGGCAGUCCUGGGAAGUCUGUUAGUCCUCUGUACAGUCUUCACUGGUAAGGAUGUCUGUAGUGCUACUGUUUGUAGCUGAUGUUUCACCGGUCUUCGCUUUGCAAACCCUGUCGCUGGAAGACAUUGGGUUGAAAUAUAUCAAAGUGCCGGGCGGGGUAACAUAAACUGGAGCAUUGCAGAUAGACACUUAACACAAUAAUACCCCUGACAUGCCCAUAAAGACGUCCACAGAUGGUGAAGCUCUCAGUAGUUUGAUUUGGAGAUUGUUGACUGCAUGGACUAUGUGUGACUCAGAUGGCUCAGCUGUCCUGUGCAGGUAGAGGUCACCCUGUGCCAGGAGACUGCAAGCUUUGAGCAGGUUUUUUUUAUCCUUAAAGUAAGAUUGGCCUUGACUCUGAUGUGUGAUUGCAUCUUUGUUGCUGCAUCUGGACUGACUGGGUCUGUUUCUGAGUGUGUCAGGUCAGGGUUACAGUACUGUCUUGGAGCUCAGGUCGAUAUAGGGAGGAAAGGCUUUAAAUGCCAACACUUUAAGGACAAGUUGUGAGACUGAUGGGAGGCGAGGGAAGGGGGAAGCCGGGUGGGUAAGUGGUAUGAUCUGGGAUUGGAUGGGUGCAGAAGUAGCAACACAUAAUGAGAGGGGAGAUACAUUCUCAUCAAAUUUAAUUCACUCUGUCGUUCUUCCACCUCCUCCCCUGGAUGUGUUGAUGUUCUAAGGUGGCAAGUACGUUCCAAGGGCACCUGACAACUGAAGAGGAAUAGGGAACAAGCAAACAGCAGGUGACUGCACCUCAGAACUCAAACUAAUCUCAAGCCUGAGAAACACUCAGCUGUUAAAACGGUUACUUGGACAAAUGAGAGUUAUUUGUGGAGCUGUUUAUUUGCAGCAGAUGUGGACUGCGGGGAAAGGGAGAUGCUUUUAUUAUACAAGGUUAUGUAGCAUGAUUUUUUUCUUGCUGCUUUCAUGUAAUUGGAGUGUUUUUCCAACCUCAAAUGAGAACUGUCAGCAAUUCCAUCGAGAUAUGCAGCUGUACCUACCUCAUAAACUGAACAGAAUAAAAUGAACAUGUUGU